CACAGUUCGCCCAUCCGAAAGCAUCCCUGCUGCAGCCGAUUCGCAAGUGUUCCAAACGAGUGCUCCGGUGUCGCGAUAGCCCUCUUAGUCCUUGCGGCGAAACAACGAAGACAGCGAAAUGUCGAAGAUAAAUCUGCACCCCCCGCAAACCUACUCCCGCUUGUUCCGGCCCUGGGACACGCAGCGCCAGGCAGCCGCCUCGGCGCCCAGGAUGGUGAAGCAGGAGCCGGAGGCCAUCACCAUCAAGACGGAGCUGGCGAGCACCAGUUUCAGCCACGACUGCCACCGGGACCUCUCGUCAGCGUCGUCCUCCUCGAGCAGCAGCAACAGCAGCAAGUCCAGCUACGAGGACGGCCUGAACCACAGCAGCUACACCCGCACCUCCACCCCGCUCCUGGACGCCGCUCCGCACCCGGUCUUCCCCCACCCUUACCCGUCACCCUCGGACUUGCCCUCCGCCAGCUCCGGGUCCUCAGCUCCGCCGCAGCAGCACGCUCCGUUCCUCCCGGCCGCCAGCGACCUUUACUAUGCCGCCGCUGCGGCUGCAGCAGCCGCCGCAGCCACUGCACCCUCCGCAACCUCCGGCUUUGGCAUGGAUCCCUUCACGAUGGGCCUCAUGGAGCAGGAGUACGCCCGCGUCAUGGCCGAGGACGCGCAGCUGAAGGCCCUCAACGCCCGCAAGCAGCGACCGAAGAAGUUCAAGUGCCCCCACUGCGACGUGGCCUUCUCAAACAACGGCCAGCUUAAGGGCCACAUCCGCAUCCACACCGGCGAACGCCCCUUUAAGUGUGACGUGGACACCUGCGGCAAGACCUUCACGCGCAACGAGGAGCUCACGCGCCACAAGCGAAUCCACACGGGACUGCGACCGUAUCCCUGCAGUGUCUGCGGGAAGAAGUUCGGACGCCGCGACCACCUGAAGAAGCACAUGAAGACGCACAUGCCGCAGGAGCGCCAGCUGGGCCAGGCCAUCUUCGUGCCCAUGUAUCCCUACCUAUAUGGCUACUGAUGGGGAAGUCCCGGCCCCUCGCCGCACCGCCCUUUCUGCGAUCUGUGAAGCGCUUGCACGCUCUAAGCGAGCUCAACCGAAUCCCACGAAACUCAAUGCCGGCCAGCACUGCAUGGCCGAGAUUGGACAGAACUACCUCAGCCGUACCUGGCGCAACAUGGCGCGCUAACCAAACCCAAUCAACGCUAGCUAUCUCCGAGACCCGACGAUAUAUGCAAAUAUAGAGAUAUUUAUUUUUUAACGCAUAUUUACACUUCCAGCUACGUGACCAGUAUGGGCGCACGGAAACCCGCACAUGUGUAAAUACCUCCUUAAGUGAUCCUUUCUCAUAUGCUAAGCGACUAAGAGAUUUAAGAGAUUUUCGCUUUGUACCCGCUUGCACAGAGUCCUACUAGAACUAAGCUGAUUUCAAGCAGCUUGUAGGACGAGCGCGGUUACUCAUAAGCGUACGAUUUUUACCUUGAUAUUAUACGAACGUAGUUAUACAUUGAGAGUUGCAUUAUAUGAAUUAUGUUUACACCAAGAAAUACAAAAACAUCAAAAUAGUUAA